AUAAAGCAGACUUCCGCUUCUCGCAUAGGUCACAGAAGCACAGGCCGGCCAUUGGUCAACAAUCUAAUAAGUCCCACAGGUCUUCGCUUAUUGGUCAAUUGUUUACGCGUUACACAAGCUGUUUCAUAAAUUUUAAAAGCUGAAGUUGUGUAAGGUGGAGAAUAUUUGCCAAAUGACAUAAUAAGCGGCGCCGAGUGCACUCACUUCUCUGCAGCGACCCAGAUCAUCUUCAUCUCUACACAGUGAUAGAGCUGUCAGGUUGCAGUGAUGUGGAUUUCAGGUCUAUUGCUCCUCCUGGUUGGACUCUGGCAUCAGUCCCACUCCCAGAGCUCUGAGCCCAUGCUUCAGGUCGUUACACAGACGAUGCUUCCCCCCGACAGUCUGCACAACCCCACGCAGCUCAACUAUGGGAUGGCUGUAACAGACGUGGAUGGUGAUGGUGACCUGGAAGUGGUAGUGGCAGGGUACAAUGGCCCCAACCUGGUGCUGAAAUAUGAUCGCACUCAGAAGAGGCUGGUAAACAUUGCUGUUGAUGACAGUAACUCUCCUUACUACGCCCUGAGGGACCGAGCAGGGAACGCUAUUGGAGUUACUGCCUGUGAUGUGGAUGGAGAUGGCCGUGAGGAGAUCUACUUCCUCAACACAAACAAUGCUUACUCUGGACGGGCAACUUAUUCAGACAAGCUCUUCAAGUUUCGAAAUGGUCGCUUUGAAGAUCUUCUGAGCGACGAGCUCAAUGUACGUCGCGGCGUUGCUAAUCGCAUGGCAGGACGUUCAGUUGCAUGUGUUGACAGGAAGGUCAGUAAACACACUGUGUAAACCUACACUGUUAAA